AUGAUUCAGCCUGAUUACGCUUCGGCAAUGGGCUUGUUAGCUCAUCUCAAUUCAGAUGAGUUAAAGGAAAUGCUUAAUGAUGAUACAAAAUUUGACUCUAUUCUUAAAGAUGUGAAACAGGUUAAAGACUGGGAAACCGAAAAGGAAAUGAUUAUUGCUAGUAAUAGAUCUCUAGCAGAAUUUAAUUUGAGUAAGGAACCAGAUUUAGAACAACUGAAGGCACAAGUACAAGAGAAGUCUGAAGCAGGAGAAAAAUUGUGCACUCGUAUACAGGAACUAUUAAAUGAGUAUAAAUCAAAAUCAGCGGGAAUAUCUCCAGAUACAACAUUAGCUCUUUUACAAACUGCAGCUGCAGAGGCAGAAGAAGAAUCCGAGAAUAUUUCACAAGAUUUUCUUUCUGGUAAAAUAGAUGUAGAUAAGUUUCUUGAAGACUUUGAGCCAAUUCGCAAAACCAUGCACUUACGAAAAUUCAAAUCUGAAAAAAUGGGUGACCUUUUAAAAAGUGGCAGUCAAAGCUCUUAUGGUAACGGUUUAGCUAAGCCGUAUUUACCAUAUCCGAGUUAUGGUCCUCCGCAAGGUGUGACGAAUAUACCAUAUCCUGUAGGUCCCCUAAAUAUGCCAAUGCCGGGUAUGUAUGGAAACCACUUU